AUGCUGCGCCGCAAACCCACCGCAAUCACCAUCACAUCCGAAGACGUCGCGGCCUUCGAGGAAGCCUAUCUCCGUCGACUUGCAUACGCAAAAUACCUCAAAACGGGCGAAGAUCCGGACGGGCUAUUCCGUAAUGGACGGCAACCUGAGGGAGAUGCAGGUGACGACGCGCAGAUGAUGGGUGAAGGAGCAGGUGGCGGAGCCAUCGAUCCGAACGACGAGUUGAAGCCUUUGCCGGGGGGUAAGGCUCGGAUUGUGCGUAGCCGAGAAGAGAGGAUUGUGGGGUCGGCAAGUUCGAGGUGA